AGGUUACAAGAAGUUUCUCAAAGAUGCGAUGCUGCUGUUUCCACAGACAUGAAGUUAGAAAAGCAGGAUAUUAAAGAGCAGUUAACUUUCCUCUCGUCAGGGUUUUAACUGGAGGAGGAGCGACAUGAAGGAAUUCAUUCAGGCUACUGCCUGCCUCUCCCAGAGAAAGUGAAAGUAUCUGUUCAUUGUCCGGUGAACAUGGUGGAAAGACGGCUGCUGGUCUUCAUGCUCUGGGUCGGUGUGGCGCUUGUUACAGGCUCUGAGAUAAAUUGCUCUUCUGAGCUGAUAGAAGCGGAAUAUGGCGAGGCUGUGACUCUGCCGUGCCACCUUCAGCCUCCACAGGAUGCGACGGAUAUGAAGGUGAAGUGGAGUCAUGGACCCCUGAACCACACUGUCCACCAGUAUCAGGACAGAAGAGACGACCCAGGGGAGCAGAAGGAGCUGUUUAAAGGACGAACACUUCUGUUCCACGACAGGCUGACUGAAGGAAACCUGUCGCUGAAACUCUCCUCGCUUCGACUGUCCGACACUGGAAAAUACACAUGUUCCUUUCACACUGAAACUCUGCAGAGCAGCUGUUACAUUGAACUCACUGUUGGAGAGUCUGACGUGAUCGGCUCACAUAUACCAGUUAAAGCCGUCGUCGGUGAUCACGUCAUUCUGCCGUGCCACCUGGAGCCCCCGUUCGACGUGAAGACGCUAACAGUGGAGUGGAAACGCAAUAAAACCCAUGUGCACACCUACAGACACAGGAAGGAUGAUCCAUCUAUUCAGGCCGAGAACUUCAAAGGCAGAACAUCUCUGUUCCGUGAGGAAAUGACCAGAGGAAACAUUUCACUGAAGCUGACCAACGUAAGUGAGCUGGACGCAGGAAACUACACCUGCCAUGUUCCCAAGCUGCACAGUCAGGUCAAGAGAGGGAACGUCACCCUCAUUGUUGAGCAAGUGGACAACGGAACAGGAAAUCGGUCUAAUCACAGCGGUGACCCUGGUACUGCUGCUAAAAUUGGCAUUUCUUCUGGCGUCAUUGUUGCCAUUAUUGUUGCCAUUAUUGGUGCCAUUAUUGGUGCCAUUAUUGGUGGUGUUUUGUGGAGAAAACGUAAAUGUGGAGAAAGAGGCUGGAGAGGAUGCCACAGGGUGGACAGAGAGGAGACACGGGAGACCAGUCAGGAGGACAGUCCUGAGAGAGUACAGCUGAACGACUUACAAAAUGGCAGCUAGCCUCUGAUAAUAACUCUUGGUUCUCCGAAAUCAAAAAAGGCUUUUCGUCCAUCCAAAUAUUUUAAUCAGGUGCUUCCUGUGUGUGGUGCAUUCAGUGGCAGUGGGCAGCGUUGUGUUUACCUGUUUGACCUCAUGGCAGCGCUGUGGUCAGGAACGAUGUAUCAUCACAAGGAGGUUACAGUCAGCUAUGUGUCAGAUAGUUCAGGAAGAACAUGCAAUGAGUCUCACUGAGACAUAUCUUAUUAAAAUGUGAGUAAUAUAUUAAAAAUAUAUUGAUCAAUUUAAUAGUUUCUGUAUUUGCUGUUGAUUUUGAUGUGAGAACAUUCCAUGAAAUAACUGUUUCGUCUAGAACUUGGAACAACAAUGUUUGAUAUGUGAAUCAUUUUGUAAUACAACUGAGGUAAAGGUGUGUCCAGUCGUCCUGCUUCAUAUUUGUGUCCUUCGAUGCGUCAGACUGUGAUUUUAUAAACCACUGCACGGACAGCGCUGCCGUCUGUUGACUGGAUGAAGCCUCAGUUUCAGCUUCAGUUUGUUUUUUCAUGUUGUUUUUUUUAUCUUCCUGUGAAAUUAUGUUGUUGAUAAAUGUAAUAAAUAACAACAAAUGAAAAUGUUGUUAAUAAAGGGAUUUGUUGUGAAGCACUGAGCUGAAUGAAUUAUGAAUGAAUGAAUAUAUUAUCUUGUUAUUGUACAACCUUUUGAUUUGCUUGUACUUUUAUUCUCAACCAUAACCGCAGAUGAUCAUGGUCACUACUGUAAAGUGGUUCAGAGUGAUCCUGAAACUGUGAAUGUUGUUUGUUAAUAAAAAGAUUUUUUCAUUGAACC